GCUGUCAGCUGCUGUGCCACAGCUCGGCCGGUGCGGACUCCUCCCCUGCUUGGGGGAGUAGAGAAAAACUCAGGACAGCAGCUCGGCACACAACCUCCCAAAAAACUCACUUCCUUCUUAACCUCUGACACAUAUAUCACAAUGCAGCUGGAUGUUGCUUUUGUGAUGGGUGGGUAGGUUUAGAAAAGAAGCUGAGAGUUACCUUAUUUUGAGCUAUCUUCUCUACCUUGAAGCAUCUGGGAAACUGAUUUUCAAUAAUUUGUGUUUUGAAACUUACGUGUUCUGAAGUUUCCUACAAAAUAGCAACAUUGAGGAAAAAAAAAUUACAAUGUUUUGGAAAUAGAACAUCAUAUUUUCAAAAUCACAUUUGGCCUUUGGUAGUGUUGCAAAAUGUGGAAUAUGUCAAGAUUAUCUGAAGUCAGGAUGUUCUUUGAUGUAAGAUCUUUGUAUACUUUCAAGCCUAGUCAGCCAUCUGCAACCUUCACUGGGUACUGGCAUGAGGAAAAGCAAUUAGGGACGUAUUGAUCUCUGUGCCAAUUUCAAAAUCUACCCUCGGGAGUCUGACCUACUUUGGACUAAGCUUGUUCAUUGGCAGUCUACUCCCUGCUCCUAAAAGUAGCUGCAUCAAUAAGGAUACUGCUGCUUUCCCAGAUGAAAGUGGGGAGAUAUUGAUGUCCCCCAGGCUGGAUGGAGCCCACAGCUGGUAACACUUAGGGGGAUGCAUUAGUUCUGGGCAGAUACACACAGCUGCCUUCAUAACAUACAUUCUCAGCCCAACCCAGAGGUGUAACCUGCUAAUAGAGGACCUGGAAAAAGCUGGGCAAACCUUUUUUAUUUAUUUUUAAAUCUGUCAGGACAGAUCUAGCCUGGAGUCCUAGAGAGACUGUAACUAUGGUGUAAUCUGCAAGGCCUUUGCUUUUUGGAGUCAUUUAUGAAAAGGAAACAGAUGAAGGCAGGAGCUUUUGCCUCCAAGUUGAAACAAGGUGUUGCAGAUGUUUCUACAAAGAAAGAAGAGGCAGUGGGCAGGAGAAAGCUGCUCAGUGCAGAGGGCUGGCUCUACAUCACUGCAACCUGCCCCAUAGUCCAGACACCGUAGUCCACUGCAGAUGGACAGCACAGGCUGUACAGAUGAGAAAAGAGAGGUGUACAGUUCCCAGCCACUCUAGAGGUGUCCUGCUGGGAACUGUACACCUGUCCUGCAUGGAUCUCUCCCUCCCUAGCACCUGCCAAUCCUUUUUCUAUUUCCUUCUGGGAGGCUUCCUCCUGAAGCAAGAAAGGAUUUGAUCUCAUUUUGCCCCAAGAGCUGCAACACAGCAGUUGCCACAAGUGAGAUGCUUUUUCUCAAGUAAAGCAAAACCCCAACUUGCAUGCAGCCCAUCUUGUCAAAAUUCCUGAUUUUCCUGCAAUUUUUCCAGAUGGGAGAAGGAAAGUAAGGGGUGCAUUUCCCUGCCAGAAUUGUUUGUUAGGAAUUAAAAUGACUACAACAUCUACUGGGUUAUUGUUUUAUAUUAUUACAUAUAUGAAUAAGAGUAUGCGUAUGAGUGUAUAUCUGGGCUAUAUGGGGGAUGCUGAAUUUAAGUGGCAAAUACUUACCUCUCCCUCACCUUCUUCCAUUUGCCUAACAUUAAACUGUCAUGUAUCAUUGGAAGUUGGGCUGUUAGAGGCACCUUAUGAUUGAAAUGCUUGAGGGGGAACUGUAUUCUGCCUCUGAUAUCCUGGGGAAAAUCUCCAAUAAUGCGUUUCCUCUGAACUGGGAUGUAACAAUAAGGAGGAAAAACUUAAGUUCUGCCCACUAAUAAAAUUCAUAAACUUUACAGGCUCUGGGUCUGAAAAUAAUAUGAUGGAGCAGAUUGGACCUCUAGUAACGCUGCCAGAAAUUAGCAAAGCACAGGGUGAAAGAAACCAGAAACCCUGCUCACUAAUACAAUGGACUAUUCGGGGGUGGGGGGAAAUCAAACAUGCUCUGUCUACCUACCCUUGGCUGAGUUUGAACUCUGUUAUUCAUUAAUCAUGUACAAAUGGAAGCUUGAAGGGCAAGAAGUAGUGCUGGGCUGACAGGAAGAGCACUGGAAUGUGAUCCAGGCUGUGUAGCCUCUCUCUGCCACUGGCCUCAGCUGACCUUGGGCUUUUGACUCCCAGUGCCUCAGUUUCUCCAUCUACACAGUAAAUUCUGCUCUUCAUAAAGGGCUACUAGCAGGGAGGAUGAGGGGAGCUGUCUACACUUAGGUAAAUAUGGUUUUGCUGGUUCAUUUUAUCUAGAAAUACAGUAUGACAAGGGAAAGGCAUCCAAAAUUUGCAAAGGACAGAGGUGAGGCAGGCUGGGGCAGCCAGGCAAGAACUUUUCCAUCAGACUUUUGGAAAGCAGCUUAUCUGCAAAACAGCUUGAGACUCAGCCAGGCCCCAGACCUGAGAGCAGCCAGUGGGCAAGUACAGAGGUGGAGCUUGCACUGAGGCUGUUUGUUAGAUACAAAAUGCUUGGAUGGAUCAGUGCUGACCACAGCACCCGGGAAGUGGCUGAGAGGAGCUGUGCAGAGAGCAGCACUGGCCAUGGGGACAGCAGCCCCAGCCCUUUUGGUACUGCUCAGCCUAAGAGUGACUAUUUGUGAUGCUGAAGACACCUGCUCAGAGGUAAGAAUAGUGGGACUGCGUGAUGCUGACCGACUUGCCAUUCUUCAAGGAUGUCCAGGGAUCCCAGGCAUCUCUGGCCCAAAAGGAGAAGCAGGUCUCCCAGGAACAAAAGGAGAAAUGGGAGACCAGGGAUUACCUGGGAAAGCAGGACCACCUGGUGCAAAAGGAGCAGCUGGAGAGCCUGGCUUCCCAGGACUGAAAGGAACAAAAGGAGAGCCUGGAUUUCCAGAAAUUUGGGAACCAGGGAACUGCCAAGAACUGUUGGCCAAAGGGAAGAUUUUGAGUGGCUGGUACACAAUCUACCCCCAAGACUGCAAUGCCACCACCGUCUUCUGUGACAUGGACACGGAUGGUGGGGGAUGGAUUGUUUUUCAGAGGCGCUGGGAUGGGUCAGUGAACUUCUUGAGAGAUUGGGAUUCGUACAAAAGAGGCUUUGGCAACCAGCUGACAGAGUUCUGGAUGGGGAAUGACAACAUCCACUUCCUCACCUCUCUGGGACCCUGUGAACUCCGCAUUGACCUGAGAGACUUUGAGAACAACUACUAUUUUGCCAAGUAUGCUUCAUUCAGAGUUUUAGGAGAGUCAGAGAAAUACAGACUGGUUCUAGGAGACUUCCUUGGUGGAAACGCUGGGGACUCUUUAUCGUAUCACAGGGACAUGCCAUUUUCAACAACAGAUCAGGACAAUGACAUGAGUUCCUUCAACUGUGCCACGGAAUACAAGGGAGCGUGGUGGUACAAUGACUGCCAUUACUCCAACCUGAAUGGGAUGUACUGGAUGGGUGUGCAUGGGAGCUACGCUGAUGGCAUCAACUGGAAGACAGGUAAAGAAUACCACUACUCCUAUAAGCGAACGGAAAUGAAGUUCAGGCCAGUUUAACAUGGUGACAGGGUGCCUGACUAGACCCAAGAGGUGCCACUCACCCACCAACAGAAGACACAAAACAAUGUUGAUUGGGGACAAAAAUGGACCAGAAAGGAUAUUACAGGUUGUGCCUUCUGCCUAGAGCAGGAUGUUUGAAGCCAGAAGAUAUCUGUACUGGUUUGAGCUCCUGUAAGCACCUGACCCUCUCUCACCCUGACUACCUUCAGCAGCCCCAUUGAUGCAGACUGAGCCCAAGCACCUUCUUCUGAAAAGUGUGUUACCUUGAUUAAAGACCAGGUGAUGAGUGGGGCCAGUGCACCUCAGUAAAGCUCUCUGAUAUUAUUACUUAAAUGGUAAUUACUGCUAAGCUCCAGUAUAAUCCAUGUAUGUGAAGACUCCAGCAUGUGUGCAGCCUCUUUCUACUGGACCCAAGAGCCAUCCGAAAGGCACUCAGUUCCUGACCUGUCCCACUCUCCCUGCAGGCUGUGGUGGAGCCACAACUUAGAACAGCAUGGAAAAGACUGAGCUUCCAGCACAGCACUGUCAGCACUAGCAGUUUCCCCCUUCUUUCCUCACAUGUUCCAGCACCUCAGGUGGGACCCCAGCUCCUCGAACCACAGCAGAGUUGCUCAGCACUUCCCACCAGGACACAGCUGCAGCUGGACCCAGAGCCAGCUUUAGCCAUUCUUUCUGGACAUGUUUCUAGAUUUCAUUAGCUGCUGUGGACCAAGAGCUGUAUGCAAAACAGUCUGUUCAGCAGCAUGUGUGGUACCAAGACACAGUACACAGGGUACAGCAGUUCCAAGUCAAGCCUUACACAUGUGGUCAUCAUGGACAGUGCCAGUACCUUCCACUUCAUCUUGUUUCCAAUAGUGUUUGAGGGUGAGCUAUCUGCUGGUGAGUGGACACAGUUCACCUGGUUCAUGUAUUGUAUUUGAAUAUUAGCAGAACUGGGUCUCUUCUUCCUGCACCUGUGCUGCUGGACUCCUUGCCACAGCUGACAGAGGAGAGCCAAGUACUAACUCUUCACUGAAGGAAUAGACAGAGACAGCGGAAAUAGAGUAUUUCCUUGUGUUAUGUUUCUAAUGGUCCCAGGUUUAUUUCACUAUAUAUUGCACAGAUAUAUAGGAAGGGCAGCUCCAGCCCUACAAGACAGAAUCCAAACCCUGUGGGUGAGAAAAGUGAGGUCACUCAGCCUGCCACAGCAGUGGUAAGAAAUAGUGCACUAAGAGAUAAACAUUGCGCUAAGAUUUAAACCUGAGCGUUUGCAUCUUCCCACUCACUAGGUCCUGUCUCAGUUUACUUCUUUUCAGUUACACAACAAAGAGUGUGUCUGAGCAGAGAAGUGCACACUGAAAGCCCCAUAGUUACUUUUCCCUCUCCAGGAGCUCUGUCUUGAUUUUCUGCUACUCCCACUAAGAUUCACAUGCCCUCACCAGGACCAAGGUCCCAGAGCAUUAUGCUGUAUCUCACCCAUCUGCUGCUCAUGCUGCCUUCCAGGAGUAGCUUCUCAGAGGUCCAUGGUACUACCAGAGACUUCUCUGCAGAGAUGUAUAAGCAGGUGCUGGUAUACUCAGCUAUAAACUAGCUAAAAGUGCUAAAUCCCCUUUCUCUGCUCACCUCUAGCUUCUCCUCUUACUACACAGAAACAUUCAAUGUUUAAAUUUUUCUUGCAAAGGACACUGAUGAGACUUUAAACAGACUACUUAACUACACAGAAAUAAAAGAACUACUAGUAGAUAAAACAGUGCAUGAUAAAGGUACCUAUAUUACAUCUAGUAAAGAAGUAGUAUAGAUUAAGAUUCAAUGUAAUUUACCACUAAAUGGACGAUGGAGUACACACCUAAUUCUUCCUCUCAAUUCCCAGGAAAGUAACCAUGGAAUUCGCAUCCAAACUCCAGAUAGAAGUCCCUGCAUGUUUCCAGGGAGUAUGUAGGAGGUUUGUACCUCCAUGAAAAUUCGUGUGGCUUUUAUAGUUGUAAAAGUAGUGUCUUUGAGUCAGGAAUUUCUAGCUUAUCUCCCCACAUCUGUUCUCACACCCAGCUGUUUAUUGGGAGUUCUACUCCUGGUGCCAGAGAGAGAAAUAACUCACUAGCUUGUGAGCUGGCCUGGGUUAUCUCAUCACAUAAUGUGGAGGGGAGAGUAUCCAGAGCUGACACACUAGUUACAGAUAAGAUCUUCUGUGGCAGAGGGGAUGUCCUGCCACACUCCUGUAGGGGUAGCAUGUGCAGGAAGACUCUGGCCUUAUGUAUGCCUGCAUAACAUGUGCUCACUGGCUGCUCUGCCCAAAAACCCACUCCUGGCAGGGACAGCCCCUCUGCCACCACCAGCCCAUCCACUCCUGCCCACAGACAAGUUCCCAUUUUCCCAUUACAAAAAUCACCCCUAGCUUUUGGUGUCUCUGAAUCUUACUCAGAGAUGGAUCUGUCAUUCUCCUGCAAAACACAACAAAAUUGCACUGAAUCUCUCAUGUAUGGCCCAACCAUAUCCUAUUCCCAAACAACACAAGGAGGUAUUAUUUUCAGAGUAAAUUCAAAGCAAUGGACACUUGCCAGAAGUGCAUUGACUGCUCAAGUUAAGAAAAGCCAACAGUGAAAGUUUAAUUUUGGGGGGGCAGAGUCCCUCACCAGCACUCACUGACACCCUCCCUCCUCAGGUGACAGUGGUGCCAGGUGGUCCCUUUCAUGUGUGCCCACUCCUGUCUAAAGCACGGUGCUGCAGGUCCUGGCAGCAGUCUGCGACCAAGUGCCACUUGCAGAUUUGGUGCACCACAGAGCACUGACCAUGGCACCUCCUGAGGCUGCAGGGUCCACAGUCUGCUACCUCCAUUCAGAGCUGGUCCAGAGAGCAGGGGUGGACAACAGAGCCAGUCUCAUGCUGGACAGGCUCUGUGCAGCAUACCCCCAGCUUCCUGCACAGCUUGCCCUGCUGAGCAGUGCAGUCACAUCACUCCUCAGUGAACUGCCACGUCGUUGUCACAGUGCCUCCAAACCUGACCUCCUGAAGAAUCUUGUCAGGAGGCUGGUGCUGUAACACCACUUAGUGCAGUUUUGGACAAGCCUGCACAUGGAUUUAUGUUACUGCUCGGUCACCUGGCUGGCACAAACCUGCAUGAUGCCUCCCAAACACAAGACUCGGCGCUGUGCCACUCCCAGCUCCCUGCACACCACAGGGACGUGGCUUCUCCGUCCCUCCAAUGCCAUCAUGCUGAGCUCUGGCUCAAGGCAGCAGCUAGCACGGCCCCAGAAACAUCCACCCAGCACUUCACAGGGACAGCAAAAGACAAGGUCAAACCUUUCUCCUGAUGUCCACCAUGGCAAAUCAAAGUUUCUCUCAGUCAGACAUUGCAGCCUUUCUUACCAUAAUCUCACUGAAGGUGAAAGAAGUUGAUCAAUAGUUAACUCAUGUAAGCAUGAGUUAACUACUAAGAGUCAGCAAAUAUUACUUACAAGCCUAAGAAGCAGGAUGCACCUUAGCCUUCUCAAGAUAAGAGACACAGAGUGCACCUUGUCAAGGUAAGAGGAACAAAACCUAUUAUCAGCAGAAAAUUCUGAACCAGCCAGCAAAGGACUGCACAUGCUUCAGAAAGAAAGAUUAAAAGUGCAAAGUGAGGAAGACUACCAGCCUUCAUCAGAACAACCACUGAGGAAGACUCGCAGCCUUCCUCAGUGCGACCCCCAGAGUAGACUGAGCUUGCGCAUGACAUGUGCUAAUGAUAUUAAUGACUUCUGAAAAAUAA